AUUUCAUUUCAUUUCAUAAACCCUCUCAUUCUCUCUUCUCUUCCCUUCUUCUGCUUCUUAUCUUAUCCGUUUCAUAAACCUCAGUCUCAGCCACAAUGUCUACCUCUGCAGCUUCUCUUGCUCUUCCAACCCUAUCACUUCGAACCCGACAACCCCUCUCUUCUUCUCCUCCACAAUGCUUCGCUUCUUUUUCCUUCAACCCCACCAAAUCCGCUUCCAUUUCCACCACUUUCCUUCCUCUUCGUCCAACCAGGUUCGUUUCAAAUGUCGCUCUUUCCUCCCAAUUCGACCAGGACGAAGAGAUUCUCAGCGAUGGAGAUGACCGCAGCUUCUCCCCUGACCUCAAGCUCUUCGUUGGCAACCUUCCUUUCAGUGUUGACAGCGCCCAACUCGCUGAGCUCUUUGAAAGUGCUGGUACCGUUGAAGUCGUUGAGGUGAUUUAUGAUAAGAUGAGUGGAAGAAGCAGGGGCUUUGGUUUUGUGACCAUGUCUUCGAUUGAGGAAGCUGAAGCUGCUAAACAACAAUUCGAUGGCUAUGAGCUAGAUGGGAGGGCACUGAGAGUGAAUUCUGGACCACCUCCUGCUAAGAAUGAGGGUUCCCGUUUCAGAUCUCCUUCUAGGGGUGGUUUCUCUUCAGAUAACGGAAACCGUGUUCAUGUUGGUAAUCUUGCUUGGGGUGUUGACCACUUAGCACUUGAGAACUUGUUUCGUGAACAAGGAAAAGUUUUGGAGGCCAAGGUAAUCUAUGACAGGGAAAGUGGAAGAUCAAGAGGCUUUGGAUUUGUGACUUACAGCAGCCCUGAAGAGGUCAAUAGUGCUAUUGAAUCCCUAGAUGGCGCGGACUUGAAUGGCAGAGCUAUUAGAGUUUCUUUAGCAGAUUCUAAGCCAAAGCGCCCGUUUUGAGGAUUCAACAUAUCAUCUAUGCCUGAUCAAGAGUAGAAUUCGGUAGAUUGGAAGCUAAGUGGAUGCAACUCAUCCGUGUUUGCGAGAAGAAAAUGAACUCCAUACAUUGCGGCUGCAUCCAACGAGAAGGAGCAACAUCUGAGAGGCUUUCUUCCUGUGGAGAAGAGCAUAUAAGUGUGUCUUUAAGAGUUUGAUGUAUGCUUCAAAGUUGCUGGUUGUGAUUGGAAACUAAAUUAUAGACCUUGUUUCACCACUUUUUUGUCAUAGUAGUAGAUAACUCAAUAUUAUUGGUUAUUUUCA